UGUCUUUGUCCUGGUUGGGAGUGCAUCUUCAUCUGCAUGACCAGAAGCUACACCGUACGUCUUACCAGAACGUCUCGACAUCUUCAUUAAACAAGCAUGGAAGAAGUCUAAAAUAAUGGAACCCAAGGUUUAUUUAUGUAAAGAUAGCAAAGGGGGAAGUUCUAUACCAGCUGCAUUUGAAAGAUGUUGCUUGUCCUACUUGGGCUGUAGAGACAACAGAAUGGAUGUUGGAUUUAGCUAUAACGAUGGAAAGCUUGAGAUCUAUCCAAGCGAACAAGGAAUACGCCUAGAGCACCCUCCUGGAUGUCCUUGUCGUUUUCUAACAGCCACAGAUAUAACAAGUAUUCCCUCUUCACCAAAGACGGAAGGAGUUGGCAUUGGAGUUUCCAUUAUAUUGCAGUCAUCAGAUAACUGUGUCUUACUAACGAGAAGGGCUAAACACAUGAGAACAUUUCCUUCUGUUUGGGUUCCUCCUGGAGGGCAUCUGGAUCCAGGAGAAACACUUUACCAAGGAUGUCUUAGAGAACUAAGAGAAGAAACAGGAUUAAGCUUUACUGAAGAAAGCCUGCAGUUUGCACCCCUGGGAUUAUGGGAGUCUGUCUACCCACCAUUGAUUUCUAUGGGACUACCAAGAAGGCACCACAUUGUAGUGUACCUGCUAGCCCGUGCCCAGCAAGACUGUUCAACUCUCCAGAGGAUGAUACAAUUUCACAAGGAUGAAGUGGAUGCUGUUACUUGGCUUGAUGAAUUUGUGGCAACUGAGGUAGCAUCUAGUGAUGAUUAUGGACAAUCUAGGAGGGUGCCACAGAAGUAUUUUGAGGCAUUAGUGCAUGGAAAGAAUGGACUUGAAGUCAUGAAGCUACCAUUAUCUAUACUGAUGGCAGUUCUUCCUCCAUCUCCUGCAGCUGAAACUGAGAGACUUUCGUCUGGAACAAAAUUUGCUCUGCGUCAAUGGCUUAAAUUCCUAUAUCCACCUCUUCCAGGGGGAAUAGAAAGAGCAGACUCAUUAGAGACAGUUUUUCUUACCAUAACUAAAAUGGGACAUCAACCAGUAAAGAGUCCAUUUUGGGCAGAUUAAUUGACUAUUUUUAGUUAGCAUUUUCCAAGCAGGGACUUAAUGAAAAUUUUUCUUGUGAAUCGAAAGGAAUGCCAUCAUUAGUUCUACUAGUAGCAUUUACGGUGUAGAAUUCAUAUUUUAUGGGUUCUCUUGGCAGAAUUAUGGGAAAUGCUUAUCAAAAUACAAUUCUCAAGUUCUCAAUUCUGAUUGGUUUACCUUAAGUUCAUUCAUAAGCUGUCUACCUAGGCUAGCCUGAAAAGGUUAUCGUAAACAGUCUGCAAAGUUCUCAAACAAGUUAAAGUUGAUAUAUGCAAAAUAUUUGUAAGUUAAAAUGAUCCUAAAUAAAAAUCUUGUCUUGUUUUGUCA